UUUUGGUGGAUAGCUAGUCACGUAGAGCUUAGAUUAACACCAAGAGCAGGUAAUUUCUGACAUGAUUAGCUUUCAUGAAAACCACAGAAAAAUGUCAAGUGAAUGACACAUUGACCCUGAUGAGGUUCUGGAGCAAGGACAGAUAUGUAAAAUGCUUUCAGCAAUGAACAGAAUUUUUUCUUCUUUGAAGAGAAGAUUGCAGAUUAAUUAGGAAGCUUCAUGGCCAUUAGAGGUAGUGAAAAUGUCAUUUUCCAAGUACCUUAAAAGUGUUAUCUUUACCUCCAUCACUCCCGACUCAGCUCUCUCAAAUAUUGCUAGCUUCUCUUAAUCUUUCUUUUUGUUCACCUUGUUCUACCACUGAAGGUAUCUUAGAUCUCAAUCCACUGCAAUGCAAGGACAUUAGAGACUUGCUUCAAGACCACUUGAUUGCUUCACCUUCCUGUGCUUCCUUCUCUCGCUGUCUGUCUGUCUUCCAUCUAACUUGAACCUUAAGCAUAUCAUGCUCAUAAUAAAUUGAGCUGCAACUCACCUGCCUUUGAGAUCCUCCAACUCCUUAAAGACCUCUUCACAUCCAAGGACUCAUUCUGACAUCCUUUGGUGUGCUAACAUUUGAAGAAUGGGGCGGCAUUCUUGCUGUCUCAAGCAGAAGAUAAGGAAAGGCUUGUGGUCUCCUGAAGAAGAUGAGAAGCUCUAUGAUCACAUCAUCAGAUGUGGUGUUGGCUGUUGGAGCUCAGUGCCAAAAUUAGCAGGCAUUUUUAGCUCUUCCCUGUUGCUGAAAAUUUUCUUUCAUGUUCUCCAAACUCCUCCAUAUAAUUCAGACACUUUUCUUCUAUCAGGACUGGAACGCUGUGGGAAGAGUUGUCGACUCAGGUGGAUCAAUUACCUGCGGCCGGACCUUAAAAGAGGCAACUUCUCUCAGCAAGAAGAGGAUACGAUUAUAAGGCUACACGAGAUCAUGGGUAACAGGUGGUCACAAAUUGCAUCACAAUUGCCAGGAAGAACAGACAAUGAGAUCAAGAACUACUGGAACUCAUGUCUCAAAAAGAAACUCCGGCAGCGGGGAAUCGAUCCAAGCAGCCACAAGCCACUGAGUGAGAUAGCAGCACAAGAAGAAGGGACCAGAACACAUUGCUCUAAUACUGGUGCUGCUUUUGAGCAGUUGCAGUUGCAUCCAGUCUUUGACACCUUCCCACUGAUUGAAAUCCAGACGUGUUUGGAUUCAGUAGAGACUAAUGUAAGCAUCUACGGUCAAUUCCAUCAGACUUUUGAACCAGUAGGGCAGGAUGAGUGCUUAGUCAACUUGGAGUUAUGUGAUCAUGGCAGUGCCUUGGAUAAUAUCGGUCACGGGGACAGUUCAAUCAACAGCAGUAACUGGAACUGCAACAUAGGAUCUGAGAUGAAAAGUGUGUUUGGAGAUGAAGACUUGAACUGGGUAUCUCAGAGUAAGGUGGAAACACCAGCUCAUAUGCAGAUGAAUGAGGAGAAGACUCAUGAACACAAGUUUAAUCAUUGGCAAGAGAAAAAUACCUACCCAAUUCCAGUGAGGUCACUGUCUCAUGAUCUCUCAGAGACCUGCUUCAGUGUCUCUCGAGAUGCAAUGGAAAGUGAAUUCAAUGUGGAUUUCUGCUAGGGUCUCUUGAAAUGCAACUUGCCCUUCUGUCUCCACUCCAUUUGAAAGCCUUUGAAGAGAUCUUUGUAACAUUAUAGGUUCUCUUUUUAGUCUGUUUCUAAUCACAAUUUUUCUUUCUUUUUCUUCUUUUGAUUUCUUUUCGAAGUCAAUAGAGUUCUAAUUGUUCUUCUCGAUUCCUUCAAAAGUGGUGAGGUCUUAGAACUUUAGACAAGAAACUAACACAAUUCUCUUCCAUCCCACCUGUUUUCUGCUGCUUGUUUCUUCUCAGUGGAUACUCCCAUCCAUCAACAGAGAUAUAUAUAUCAACUUACCAUCACUUCUUUGCACACCUUCAGUACAUCGUUCAGUGUCUGAUCAUUUUACCACUAUAUUUGCUUUCAUCAGUCAGAUCCUAUUGAUAGACGUUCUACAAAUAAAACUGAAGAAAGAAGCCAAAGCCAACACUUGUUAUUUCUGAAAUUUGUCUCCAGAGGAAGUGAAGCAUCAGGAGCUGUCAAUAACUGGUGAUCCUGCUUCAGCUGUUUCAGUGCUGUUCUUCCACUGCAACAGAAGUGAACUGUUGAUUAGAAGAGUCCUGUCAUUGCUUUCUACUGCCUUUUCUAUGUGCAUAUGGCCUUGAAGAAACUUCAGUUUGAUGCAGUACAACUUCAGUGUCUGCAGUAGCAUCAGUGAUGGCAUUAUAUUAUGUGGAGAAUAUUUCAAUGUGCUGCUUAAGGAUGGUUUAUGCCAACUUGUCAUUAACUAGUACUGUUUGAUUCUUGAAGUAAUCUGUUCUUGAGUGAGCUACAUCCAAACAUAGCAUAUUCUUCUUCUUUGUA